AGGAGAAGGAGAUAUCCCCAGUCAUCUUUCUCCAUCUCAGCUUCACAACUCAGCAGGCGGUUCUCCGGCCAGAGACUCUUGCCGUCGACCGUCAACCAUGGAGAUGAGGAAGAUCGCCUGCGCCAUUUUCGUCGCUGCCGCCACGGCGACCACCGCCCUCGCUGCAGAGGCACCUGCCCCUGGCCCCGCCAGCGACUCCUUCGCCAUCGUGCCCGCUCUCGGCGCCGUUCUUGGGGCUUCCGCCGUCUCCUUCUUCGCUUACUACUUGUAGAAGCCUCACAAAGGAGAAAGAAAGAAGACGACCCCUAUGUGCACUGUAUUGAUUCUUUCUUUCUUCCUUCAUGGAAUUCGUCUGAUGUGUUGAUUGGCAUGCAUUGAAUAAAA